AACAUCGUAAUAAAAAUUGACAUAUCAACCUAGCAAUUUGGUUAUUAAAUGUAGCAAAGUAGAAUCACAUCGUAGAUUGAAUUCAAAGUAACAAAUUUUUGUCACAAACUAUUAUUUCUAUUUCGAUAAUUGUUGAUAUUAAAAUUUAAACAAAGAACGUGAUAAAUAUUUUUUCGUCACAUGAUUUUGCUUUUUAAAUAACCCAAAAAUUUGAAGUCAAGAAGCCACCCCCACCUGUCUUCAUAAAGCUAACCUCCCCAUUUCGUCCUUUCAUCACCUCUAAAUCAUUGGCUUUGACAAAGAACCAUUCCUAUCAAUUACCUACACAAAUCAUCACCAUCAUCAUGAUCAUGCUACUCUCAGCCUUUCUUUGCCUUAUCAUCAUCCUAACAAUGGCGUGGCCUCUGGUCGGGGAGCUUCCCUACCUGCUUUGGAACAUAUCCAACCUCCACGACUACGCCACUCUGCGUCUCAAACUACUCGGCGGGACAACGGUCAACAAGUGCCCUAUGUUUCUCAACUCAUGCGACUACAUCGUCACCAGCGAUCCCAUGAACGCCCGUCACAUCCUCAUCAGAAACUUCGCCAACUACGAGAAGGGCGAAGAUCUCAGGAUCAUAAUGGAAGGGACUCUAGGAGAAGGCAUAUUCAAUGCCAAUGGGGAGUCAUGGAAGUUUCAGAGGCAACUCAUUCAUUCCUUGAUAAACAACAAGGAGUUUGGGGAUCUAGUGAUGCAAACCCUGAGGGUGAAGAUGCAAGGCACCCUGUUCCGUGUGCUCGAUGAUUAUGCAUCGGGCAGAAAAAGCGACAAGAUUUUGGACAUGCAGGAUGUGGCAAAAAAUUUGGUGUUCGACAAUAUUUGCUCGCUCGUGUUUGGAUUUGACCCAUGUUCCCUCUCCCAUGUCGGGUCUGAUUCCAAGUUGUUGUCAUCAUCAGAACUUCAUGCCUUGUUGUUGGGGAAAGCAUUUGAUGAAAUUGAAGAGGCAGUUAUAUACCGACAUGUUGUCCCCAUGUGGGUGUGGAAAUUCCAAAAGAGGCUUCAGAUUGGAGUAGAGAAGAAGGUGGCUAAGUACUGCAAGAUUCUGGAUGAGUUCUUGUAUGCAAGCAUCGAGAUGAAGAAGCAAGAGUUAUCGACAUUGGGAAACAAUAUCGAUAAUUCCACUACCGAGAGGCGUGACUUGUUGUCACAUCUUUUGGUGGGGGAAGAGAAGUUCUCAAACAAGUUUCUGAGAGAUGUUGCUAUCAGCUUGAUAGUAGCAGGGAGAGACACGGUGUCCUCUGCUCUAACUUGGUUGUUAUGGCUGGUUGCCACCCACCCAGAUGUCGAGAAAAGAGUUCUUGAAGAAAUCAAACAAGUCAUGACCACAACAACAUCAUCAAGUGGCGGGCUUCUGAGCGAGGAUGAGCUCAACAAACUAAUAUUCCUCCAUGCAACCAUCUGUGAAACAUUAAGGUUGUACCCACCAUUCCCAAUUGAGCACAAAUGCGCCGUGGAGGCAGAUGUCCUCCCUACAGGCCAUUGUGUACGUAAGGGAACAAAGAUAUUGGUCUCUAUAUACUCGAUGGGUAGGAUGGAAGAGAUAUGGGGGAAUAACUGUAUGGAAUUCAAGCCGGAGAGAUGGAUUUCGGAACAAGGGAGCAUAAUCUAUGUUCCGUCAUACAAGUUCAUGGCCUUUAUCUCGGGGCCAAGGACUUGUUUGGGCAAGACUAUGGCUUUCAUGCAACUCAAGUCGAUGGCCAGUGCUAUUCUGUGGAAUUACAAGCUUGAUAUGGUGGAAGAUCACGUCGUGAAACCAACACCAUCUAUGAUAUUGUCGAUGAAGCAUGGGUUGAAGAUGAGAGUUUCCAAGAGGGCAUCGAAUUUGGUAAUAUAGAAAGCUUAUUAUGUUGUUGUCAUUUAUUUUUCGAUGUUGGCUUGCUAUUGUUGUUAUGAUUGGUAUCUCCGGAUGUAAUGUUUUUCUAGUUACUAAUUUUGCAUCUGCAUUAAGAAUUACGUGGAUAUGGAAAAACAGACGCAUAUAAAUUUUUUACCGUAGUUAGUAUUAGCCACGUAACCUUUUCUUGCUCUCGGUCCUAGUUUGGUUACCAGCUAUUGUGACCAUAUCUAUAGCGACCAUAUUGGUGACGCCAAUAUUGGCCGCGCACUUGACAAAAUUAUUAUCAGCCUAUGCUUUUAUAUAUUAUUAUUUUACUUUAUGCUUAUAUCGGUUAUUAGAAUUAUUAAGCCACAAGUAGACAAAAAUUACCAAAAAUCGAAAAAAACACUGUUCAUUACGAAAAAAUCGUGUAUCAUUGUUCACGGAGAGACUUGAUGAUUCCUUGUGAUCCUAUCUACGUAAGCUCAUGUGUAUCUUUCUUUGAGCAGGCCAAGUUUGGCCGUUAAUGAUAGGUUUAGGCCAAACGUAGCCGUUGAUGCUAUAUUUAGUUUGUGGGCUCACCAAAAAGCAACUUUAACUGAUCGGUGGCCCCUCUGGAAAAAGAAAGCGUUUCUGACAAUACCUUUCUCUCACCUCUCCCAAUUCCCAAUCCUUCUGUUCUGCCCUUCUCUCCCAUCCCUUCCCAUGAUCUCAUCUCAUUCCCCGAUUCACAACCUUCCAUCUCCGUAACCUCCGACCAGACGCCGGCAGGAGAAUGUGGCAACAAAAUCUAAAUUCUCUUCUGCGAAAACCCCUGCUCACUGAAGAAGCAGAGGCCGCGCAGAGACGCGGUGGAAAAAUGAGACGUUUUAGGGAUUCGAUUUCCCCUUCAGCCCUUCUUUGCCCUCCUCCAAACCCGUUCUAUGGUUUCUCGAAGAAACGUCGGUGGAUAACAACGAAAGGUAGGGGACGGUGGCGGCGACGGUCAAGAACUGAUUCUGAGCCGAUCUAUCUUCCUCGCCUCAACAAUAAUCGAAGCCGUGAGAUUCGGAUUGACUCUGCUCUCUACUGGAAAUUGCUUAGUGCGCUAUCUGAUGGAUCGAUCUAGAUUGAGGAUGGCGGCUUCGAAGUGGGCUGUGUUUGGAUUCUCUGUUGGGGAUUACUUGGUGAGCUAUCUAAUGAAUCGAUAAAGAUUGGGAAUGACGGCUUCGAAGCGGGCCAUAGUUGGAUUCUAUGUGCUUCUCCAGUAAAUGAUCGAAGCUAAGGUCAGACCCCAAAUUUUUGAUUCUUUUUUGUUUAACUAAUUAGGAGGAGUUGCUUGGGAUGAUUCGUUAACCCAUUGAUAGUACUGUUUAUUUCUCAGCCUUUGGCAAGAUGAACUUGGGAUAAUAUGCAGCUGCAGGUAGCUCUUCAGCAAGCAAUGGACUAGGUGAUUUUUCCAUUUUUCAACCAUUUGUGAUGAAUAAUAGUUGAUCCUUAUGUGUGAUGUCAUUUCUCAAUUCCCUACUCUGAACGGAGGGUGUGGAUUGAAAUUGAGAUUUGCCGAGAAGGUUUUGUUCAUGUAGCGAUCUUUCCCAUAUGAAUCCAUUCUCCCCAUUUGAGGCCUACUGUGAAUCUUGAAAUGAGAAUAUGAAUACACAUUUGGUUUUAUUGUUUAUGUUGUGGUUUUUGAAGAAGAGAUUUCUGAAUUUGACGAUUUGAACUAACUAGAAGGGUAUGAUUAAAUUUUAGAUUCAUUG